AUGGCUACAAAAAAAUCUCAAGAAGAUAGGAAGAAAAAAGAAAAGAAAGACUUACAGUCUGAUAAAAGACUUUCGGGGUAUUUUUCACCUGCACACUCUCAACAAAAGCCUCAAAUCAACCCAGAGGACUCUGAAGAGAAUCUGGAAACAAAUUAUAGUUUAAUUAAAGAGGCACAAAUAAAAACACCUAUGACAGAAGAUGUUCUCACAAAAAAUUUGGAGAAAUUUCACAGAGCUAUAGGUGAAGACAUGACGGCUAAUACGAGAGAAUUAAAGCAGAAAUUUAAAAUGAUUCAGGUUAAAUUAGCAGAAAUGGAGGAAAACUUUAAAAAAUUUGAAAAAAAAUACAACACAUGUCAAGAAACAAUUGCAAGACUCACAAACAAAAUAGGAAUACUCGAAACUAAAAUCUGUGAUAUGGAAGAUAGAUCCAGGAGAGCAAACAUUAGAAUAAGAAAUAUUCCAGAAGAGGUAUCCAAUGAAAAACUUGAAGGCUUUCUCCUAGAAUUCUUCAAGAAUUUGAUAUCGGAUGGGGACCUCCAUGAUUAUUUGACAGACCGGUGUCAUCGACUGCCUAAACCUUACAAUGCUUCGGAGACUUUAGUAAGGGACGUAAUGGUAAAAUUCCACUCUUAUAAAACAAAAGAACGAAUAAUGGCAGCUAUGAGGAACAAGCCGACAGUGGAGGAAAAGUUUAAGAAUUUAAUUAUAUUUCAAGAUCUAUCAUUUUCAACUAGAUCAUGGCGAAAAACUUUCAAGGACUUACUGCCGACCUUGAGACAGAAGAACAUUAAUUAUAGAUGGGGCUUCCCUUCAACACUGAGGGUGUUUUGGAAUGGAAAAACCGAAAAUUUUGAUUCUAAAGAAUCAUUGAACAGUUGGAUGGAACUAACAAAGAUCAAAUAA